AUGAAAGCUCAGAUCUGCCUCCUUCUUCUAACGACCAUCGUCUUGAAUACCUGCAUGAAUGCUAAUGCGGACACCACUGAGAGUCCUACCGCCAAAACCGAGGAACCGCUGAAAGACUUCACCGAGUGGAAUAAAGAUGACGCCACCGCCUCGGAUGAGGAGCUGUACGGCGCGGUUUGGGGACAGAAGGGCUACAAGGCAUCAGAAAUAGUGCUUUUAUAA